UGCCGGCGGAGCGACGCAGAGCGUGAGACCCACGGACCACGACACACCGCCCCGCUGAAGCUCGGCUCGCUCCCAACCUACAACACGUCUCCCGCCCCGCGAGGAUCCGACGGAGCGUCGCGCGACGACCACCACCUCGCCGCUCGUUUUCAAAUUGAAAACUUGGAUCCAAAAGAUUUGUUUCCUCUCCAAACUUUUCGCUUGAGCUGACUUGAGGGAGAGCAGGUGAAGAUGGCGAGAGGUCCGGAGCCCGGCCCGGCACGGGGCGUCCCCCCCGGGCGGUUGGUGCUGCUCCUUCUCCUGCUGAACACCGGACACUUGUCCGGGGUUUCCUCGGCCCAGGAGCUGAACGGCUUCAGCCUCCAUCCACCCUACUUCAACCUGGCGGAGGGCACGCGCAUCACGGCAAGCGCCACCUGCGGGGAGGACGGGGCCCGGUCCGUCACGGACUUGUACUGCAAGCUGGUCGGCGGGCCGGUGUCAGGGGACCCCAGCCAGACCAUCCAGGGCCAGUAUUGCGACGUCUGCAGUCAGAACAACGGCGACCGCGCCCACCCCAUCACCAACGCCAUCGACGGAACCGAGAGGUGGUGGCAGAGCCCUCCACUGUCUCGGAGCACUGAGUUCAACCAAGUCAACGUGACCCUGGACCUCGGACAGGUAGGUCAACCUCACACACCUGUACCGACACACCUGGUACACGACUCACCUUAACCGACACACCUGUGCCGACACACCUGGUACACCAAAAUGCCUGCAUCUACACACCUGUGCCGACACACCUGGUACACCAAAAUGCCUGUAUCUACACACCUGUACCGACACACCUGUUACAGGUAGGUCAACCUUACACACCUGUACUAACACACCUGGUACAGUAGGUCAACACACCUGUACCGACACACCUGGUUUCAGGUAGGCUUUCUAUAACACCUAACACACCUGGUUCAGGCAGGUCAACACACUUGGGUGCACCAACAUACCUGUACCAACACACCUGUCUCAGGUAGACCUACCCGACACACCUGUAUCUACACACCUGUACCAACACUCCUGGUUCAGGUAGACUAGCUAUAACACCUAACACACCUGGUUCAGGCGAGUCAACCUAACACACCUGUGACCCAUCACCUUCUACGCACCUGUUUACAGAAUGACUGGUAGUUGUACACACAAAAAUUGCGUCCGCAUGUCUCCGUGCAUCCGGACAUGCGUGCAUAUACCAUGUGACCGGCGUGUAAGGACGUGUUUCCCCCCCAGCGGUGGGGUCAGGUGACAGAAGCCAGGAGAUGGCUGUGGGGAGGUCUUUGUCUGCUCGGCAGACUCUUGUCACAUGAGACGCUCGCACUCUGCUUAUAUAACCAGACGUGUUCACCUAGCGGCCGCCGUGGGCGGAGUUCCCCCACCCGGCUGGCGCUUUGGAGCCAAGAUGGAGGCAGGAUGGAACCAGGAUGGCUUUCAGGGUAGUAGGACGUGUAGCCCGGCCCCAAGGCUAGUGUUGUGGAUGACAGGUUUCCACUGGUUUCUAGAGCUUCUAAAUCACUGUUAGGAUGUAGAGCUCUUUGGGUAUUCUGGAUAACGGGUCAGGGGGGUUUUAGCGCUUUUAAAAUAUUCCAGAUUACAUAAACCAUUUUGGGACAGCAUUAUGGCAUGUUUUAGAGCUCUUAACAUACUCUUGAUAACAGGGUAAUGGGGUUUAGAGCAGUGUAAUUCAUUAUUUUGAAUCACACAUUUAUUUGAGGCUUGAUCUGGACUGUCUUCAAGUUAUCGGAAGCAAAUGAAUUCAGGAGGACUUGAUCUAUGAUGUUUCUUGGAUUCCACGAUGUUGAGUCAAAGCAAACCAGAUUCACAUGUCUUCCUUUACUCUUGGCAUUAUAUGUGUGGUGCCCAUUCCUUCGCUUAGCCCCUGAGCCUGCUCACACAGACCUACUGCUUAAACAUACUUAAGCAUACCUCAACAAACUUCACUCAGGUCGUUGAAUGUCUUCCAGCUUGGAUGCAGCUAUGCGUCUGUGAAUCCCUCUCAGGGUGACCUCUGACCUCUUCCGUUUGCCAGGGAGCGAAUGAGCGUGAUUGUCACCCGUGAUCCUGUGUGUUCGCUAGUCUGAUUUAAAGCUCCUCUCUGGCACUAGGUCUGUGUUUAGCCCUGCUACUGUCAGAGGACAUGGCUAUUAGUUCAGCCUAUUCUGUCUCUCUGGCACAUACACACACACACACACACACACACACACACACAC